CGUUCCCAUCCCGGCUUCCGUACAUUGUAAUUACGCGAAAGCUGACGUGGUGAUAGCGCUCGGCUUUUCCACGUCAGGACACCCGGCAUACACACCAUGGCGUCCACGCAGGCUUGCACUCCCUUUAUAUUCGCAUUUAUUUAUUGUAUGCUGUUUGCACUGGUGUUUUGUGAUGGCGACGCAGAGGACGAGCACGCAAAGCACACUUACACGGUGGAUAUGUUCAACGAGGCAGUGCCCACCGCACCGCACUUUGUCAUGUUUUACGCCCCGUGGUGCGGCCAUUGUAAGCGGUUGCAGCCAACAUGGAAUGAAUUAGCAGACAAAUACAACGGCAUGGAUGACCCCCCUGUCUAUGUGGUCAAAGUGGACUGCGUCCAGGACACCAAGUUCUGCUCCAAUGAGCAUGGCAUCAGGGGCUACCCCACGCUGAAGUUGUUCAAGCCAGAGCAGGAAGCAGUCAAGUACCAAGGGCCAAGGACUCUGGAGAGUCUGGAGAACUGGAUGCUGAAGACGCUGGAGGCAGACCCUUCUGAUCCAGAGGUAGAACCCGAGCCGGCGACUCCUCCGGUGGCCAAGGACGGCCUCUACGAGCUCACCGCCGGCAAUUUUAAGGACCACGUUUCCAAAGGUGUCCAUUUUGUCAAGUUCUACGCCCCGUGGUGCGGCCAUUGUAAAGCCCUGGCUCCAACCUGGGAGCAGCUGGCUGCCACCUUCCAGAACUCUGACCAAGUCACAAUAGGAAAGUUGGACUGCACACAGUACUACGAAGUGUGUUCUACCUUCAAAGUGCGUGGAUAUCCCACUCUGCUCUUCUUCAGCGGAGGUGAAAAGAUAAGCGUCCAACAAUACAAAGGAAAGAGAGACUUUGACACACUGAAGAAGUACGUGGAGGACCAACUGCAGGCCGCCAAGGAAGAGGCAGAAGGCAAGGAGGAAGCCACAGAGGAACCUAAAGAGGAGCCCAAGGAAGAAGCUCAAGAGGAGCCCCAGGAGGAAGCCAAGGGAGAAGCGAAAGAGGAGCCCAAGGAAGAGCAAGCCAAGGAGGAGUCCAGAGUCUUGAUCCUGACAGAAGACAACUUUGAGGAGAGCAUCGCCAACGGCAUCACCUUUGUGAAGUUCUACGCUCCAUGGUGCGGCCACUGCCUAAGACUGGCUCCAGUCUGGGAGGAUCUCCCCAACAAGGACUUCCCUGGUCUCACGGACGUCAAGGUCGCCAAAGUGGACUGCACUGUGGAGCGUACCCUCUGCAACAAGUACUCUGUUGAAGGGUACCCCACCCUCAUCAUCUUCCGGGCAGGGAAGCAAGGGAACGAGUACAACGGCAGUCGGGAUCUGGACAGCCUGCACAGCUUCGUGAUGCAGCAGGCCAGGGAUGAGUUAUAAGGACACGGAGGGACACGCCCCCACCACUCGGCUUAGGCCCGGACAGUGCUGCCGUCCUCUCGCCACUAAGUAAGACUUUCCUUUUUGCAGCGGUUGGUUUUCUGUUGCUCAAAGCACUGAAUUAGCAAGUGUUUGUCCAUAUUUACACCACGUGUAAAUGAUACCUGCUACAAACACACAAAGCAGUCUUGGGUUAGGCAAUCUUUAUGGGAAGCACUGUGGGGUCCCUUGUGACUUGUACAAGAAGUAAUAGCAAAUUGUAACAUGACGUUUGAUAAUAAAAAAAAAUCCAAAAAUAGUU